GGGCGAAAAUUAUAAUAUGGCCAAAUCUGUUGAGCAAGGGUCCAGUAUCUGCGCAAUACAUCAAGUUACCACAAAAGGUAGAUCGCCGGCGAUCCAGACUGAAAUUUGAUUCCGUUAACCAUCGGAAUUGGCUGAUUGUACACGAAUCAAAAUGUCAUGGCUUGCCCGAUCCAUAGCAAACUCGCUGAAAUUUGAUGAUGAUGAUGAUGAUGGUGAUGGUGAUAGCGUUGAUUCGGAACGAAAACCGGAGUAUGAACACCCCGAGAGCCCUGAGUCCCAGGAAACCGACGAUUCAUCUCCGACGACUCCGUCGCGCGGCGUCAAAGAGGACCUCUCGGAGUUUAGCAAAACCCUAACGCGUCAAUUUUGGGGGGUCGCUUCAUUCUUAGCACCUCCGCCGCAACCAGAGCAGCAAGAGGACUCGGAGGAACCGGAAUCCGAGGGGGAUCCAGUGUUAGGGAUGAGAGGCGAUUUAGCGGAGAUUGGGGGGAAGUUCAGGAACGGAAUUUCUCGGCUGUCGAACAACAUCAACGUCUCUGAAAUUACUAAAAUUGCCUCGAAUCUCCUGCAAUUGGAAUCGGAUGAUGAGAGUGAAGAGUCAGGGAAGAGGACGAGCUUGGAUUCCGUGGGUAAAGAAGCCAUCGGCGUGACUGAGGAAGUAUUGGCAUUUGCUCGUGACAUGUCAAUGCAUCCGAAGACCUGGUUGGACUUUCCAUUACCUGAAAUUGAUGGAUAUGGUGCUGGUUUUGAGAUGUCCGAUGCUCAACAAGGGCAUGCCUUAGCUAUUGACCGACUUGCCCCAAGCUUGGCUGCAUUACGGCUUGAGCUCUGCCCAGAAUAUAUGAGUGAAAGCAACUUCUGGAAGAUCUACUUUGUGCUCCUUCACCCUAGACUAGAUGAACAGGAUGCUGAGUUUCUUUCGACGCUGCAGAUAAUGGAAGCCAGGAGCUUACUGGCACACGAAGUAAAGAACCGAAAGGCAAAUGUAUCGGAAAACUUGUCUGGAAAUGAAUCUUCCGAUUCAGAGGGAAGUUUGUCUCCUCAUGAAGAACACCACUCCAUUGCAUCGCCUGUUGGUUCUAUAAACAAUCUCGACAAAACAACUGACCCCAAUGAUAAUACUCCGGCAGCAACAGCUAGUUCUGAAAUUCAGAACCACCCUGUAGAUAUGAAAGAGGUACAAAUUGAAGAAAAACCUGCCAUGGCAGAGAAGGGUGCUGACCAAGGUAAAGAUGAACACCUCGAAUCUGGUGGAGCGAAUGCUUCGGGAGAUAAAGAUGAAGACGAUGCAGAUGAGUGGUUGAAGGAAGAGACUUCUGAGAUUGAUGAAGCUGCUGCAAAGACCACCAUUGCCAUUGAGGACGACGAUGAUGUGUCCUUCAGCGACCUUGAAGAAGAUGAUCCAGAGGCCUCCAAUAGUUUUGAAAAAUCAAACUAUAGUUCUGGUAAAGAUUCACCGGAUUGGGUUCGACUUUGAAGUGCUACUUCCAUAUCAUCCAAAGAUGACCAAGAGUCGAAGAACCGGCUCGAUGCCGGGACAUUGCUGACACUUGAAUCACCUCUCAAGUGUGUCUCUACUACUCUCUGCUCAAUUACUGUGAAUAGAUUCAUUUUUCAUUUUCUUUGUUUUGAAUUAAAGUUUUUUGUUUUUUAACAUUAAAAUGGUGUAAAUACUGCAUUGAUGGAUAAUCUUGAGAUGCUGCUUUAAUGUGGAAGAUUAUACCCUGUCAGUGCUCAAGUGUUCUGUGAAUAAACCCAAAUUUAAUAUUAAAAAUUUA